CGCGCUCGCCCGCUUGCGUCUUUCCUCCUCGUCGUUUUCCGGCAAUACUCAAUCCUACGUGUUGGCCGACACAAUUCCAUUUUCGUUGCUCUGUAUCAGCAUACAGGACGACUCUCUGAACUUGCUCCUACCUCUUUCUCUUGUGACUCGACUCGACUUGUGGGAAACUGGGAAUGGCUGUAAAAUGCGAGUGCGUGUGAGGAUGGGACAACAUGGACAGAGAUUUCGGUUUCUCGUGUUUUCCGACGUCGCUACAUUGACAGUUCGCGCACGCGACGCGACAUUCAUCCCCAUAUUCUUAUCGACGUCACUGUGGCCCUCGCGGCUGAAUACUGGCUACCAUUUGCAGUGGCAUGUUGUCACUGUACAUGCAGUCUGUAUUAUGUUGUGGGUGGUUUACAGUACAUCGUCAUUCUACUUUCGACGUCUUCCCUGCGCCGCCGUGCGCGCCGCAAUGAUCGCUUCGGGCCCUUGUCGAAUGGCCUCCUCGAUCACGGCCUCUGGAGUGCGCACCUUUCGACCUGGCGGUACCACAGGAGGAUGACUGCACCGGCAGUUCUUCCGAUUGCCUUUUCCGGGGCAUAUCCAUCGCCGAGGGCAGAAGUCGUUGGUGCAGACGGCACAACGAUCCACACCCGAACCUCCUUCCGGCAUUGUUGUUUGUCCCCCGUAUGGAUGAUAGCGGACAGCGGGGAGGGUGGUUUGUUGGAUGGGCAUAGACGAGGCAGAUGUCAUCGGAUGACUUUCGUGCGCACGUGGGGUUGUGUUUGCGGGUGGAGGCACGGGUGCGGGUGCAGUGGCCGCAGGAGUUGACGGUCCCGGAGAUGGGAGAUCUGGCUGCACACCACUUUCCUGUAUGACAACGAGGGGAGCUGAUCGAAUGUCGGAGAAGUCGAGCUCUGGAUCAUACGCGUCGGAUUCCGGAACACCCGCAGUCGGGUUGAAUGAAGUUUCGCUAUAAUAGCCUGCAGAACUGUCAGCAAACAGCAAGCCACGCAGUGAAAUAUCCCAUACCUCCGAUUGAUGUGUCGAGCUCACCGUCCCACAGAUCUGCGUCCUCAGUCGGAGAGAAAGUGAUGGCUCCGGGCGCGCUCAUCGCAGCCGUGUUUUCGAGCAUCUCAAGGAAGGGCCGCCGCGCAGCAAAGUUCCCGCCAAUGGCGAGUGUCGCAAGUUCGGAAGAACGAGCGAUAACAUUCUUGUGAUGCGCUUCGAGUUGGGAUGGGAUCUUGUAGUACAAGCGUUGAUUUGAGUCAAGGAUUGUCGGGGACUGAGCGGCAACAAGGCUAUUCCAGAAUUUAGCAAAUUUCUCGAAAUCCACAUUCCUGUAUCUCUCGUGCACGGGAUAAGAUCCAUCACCCUUGCGGAACGCAAGUGAGUCGAUAUGAGCCUUGAAAACUGAAUAUUCCUUUCGUGUAUGGACGGGAAGGACGGGUGACAGAGUGAGUUGCCGCAGCUGUAAAUAGCGAUAUUGGUUCGUCGGCUUUGUGGAGAGGUGUGUCAAGAUGUUCACGGGAGUGUCGCGAUGAUGAGGGACUCCCGUAAUACGGGGUCGUGGAAGAGUCACCAUGUCAAGCUUCUC